AGCUUUCUGUGCAAAUAGCCCUCCAAAGUUUGGAAUCUUCAUAUGAAAAUGCUAAUCAAAUUUCUCUCAACUUAACUAAUGUUAUCAUUAAAUAUGGCUGCAUUUCCCCCUUCCUCAAUAGCAGCCAGCAAUAUUUGCAUUGGCAUUUCUUGGAAUCCAUGCUUUCUUUCAAACUCUUACAACCUUUUAAGUACCAUAAAGCUCAACUGUUUAUUGUUCAAAUGUUAGUAGAUUCUUGUGCAUCCUCUUCAAGAAAAUAGAGGACUUCUAAUCAUACAUUCAAUUCAAUUCUUUGAUACCUUAGUUGAAUUUUUGUCAAAAGAGAGUUUGCAUUCUAUUUCUGGCCCAAAAACAUUGUUUUUACAUUUGGGAUUUCUCCAAAAACUCAGAUUUAGAUUGGGACAGAAGAAGCAUGAGUUUCUUGACAUUUAUCACUGGAUCCACCAAAUCAUGGCAGCCAGCCAUGACUGUAAACACAACAACUGCAGCUUAUUGGUUAAACUGGAGGGUGCUUCUCUGUUCGUUGUGGGUGCUGAUGUCGAUGGUGUUCGCCUCUCUUCUUAUAUCGAAGCAUGAAUGCCGAAGGAGUUCACUAGAAAAUGCAGAGAACCAGGAGAAAGAAUUACCCGGAUUCUUGCAUGAAGAUGAGGUGUGGAGACCGUGCCUUCGAAGCAUUCAUCCUGGCUGGCUCCUCGCAUUUAGAGUGUUCGCCUUUCUGAUGCUUCUGUUGAUGCUUAUACUGAAUGUUGCUGUUGACGGGGGGAGCAUUUUUUACUUCUACACACAGUGGACUUUCACACUGAUCACAAUUUAUUUUGGGCUUGGAUCAUUUCUGUCAAUUCGUGGAUGCUAUGAAUAUGACGACAGAGGUUAUGCUGAGGAGCAUUUGGACACGGAGCGUGGCAAGGGCAAGGAGGGGAAUCAACAACAAAUUGUUCGCCAAGAGGCAGGAUGCUUGGCAUAUAUUUUCCAGAUCAUUUUUCAGGUGAAUGAAUGUCAGAGAUAUCUGAUUCAUAACAUGCUUAUCUUUGAUGACCUCUAA